AUGGCUGCUGGUUUGAGAGAUGGCGAUGUUGUGACUGCUGGUAUGAGAGAUGGCGAUGUUGUGGCUGCUGGUUUGAGAGAUGGCAAUGUUGUGGCUGCUGGAUCGAGAGAAGGCAAUGUUGUGACCGCUGGUUUGAGAGAUGGAGAUGUUGUGACUGCUGGUUUGAGAGAUGGCGAUGUUGUGACUGCUGGUUUGAGAGAUGGCGAUGUUGUGACUGCUGGUUUGAGAGAUGGCGAUGUUGUGACUGCUGGUUUGAGAGAUGACGAUGCUAUGAUUGUUGGUUUGAGAGAUGGCGAUGUUGUGACCGCUGGUUUGAGAGAUUACGAUGCUAUGACUACUGGUUUGAGAGAUGACGAUGUUGUGACCGCUGGUUUGAGAGAUGACGAUGCUAUAACUGCUGGUUUGAGAGAUGACGAUGUUGUGACUGCUGGUAUGAGAGAUGACGAUGUUGUGACUGCUUGUUUGAGAGAUGACGAUGUUGUGACUGCUGGUUUGAGAGAUGACGAUGUUGUGACUGCUGGUUUAAGAGAUGGCGAUGUUGUGACUAUUGGUUUGAGAGAUGGCGAUGUUGUGACUGCUGGUUUGAGAGAUGACGCUGUUGUGACUGCUGGUUUGAGAGAUGACGAUGUUGUGACUGCUGGUUGGAGAGAUGGCGAUGUUGUGGCUGCUUGUUUGAGAGAUGGCGAUGUUGUAGCUGCUUGUUUGAGAGAUGGCGAUGUUGUGGCUGCUGGUUUGAGAGAUGGCGAUUUUGUAACUGUUGUUUUGAGAUUUGACGAUUUUAAAGCUGUUGGUUUUGAGAGUUUGAGUGAUUUGUAA